GUGGAAGCGGCCUGGGUCAGUUUUUGUCAGUGCUUGUCGAUUCAUUCUGAAGUGUGAAGGCGGGCAAAGGGACGAGGGAUCCAGUGCGGGUAUCUCUCCAAUUGCAACUCCAAACACAUCCGUCCAUCCAUCAGGUCCUUUCUUUAUACCCAUCAGUUCACAAUGGGUGCGCAAAAGCGCAAGGAAGGCCCGGGCGGCGCCCCAGUCAACAAAUCAACACAAUCAGCCUCCGAAUCGAGACCGUCAAAGAGACCAAAGUCCAACGAUGCCGGCAGCAAGGCGGGCGCAAAGACGGGCAAGCAGGGCAACAAGCCGGCUCCCAAGUCCGACAAGCCUGCUCCUCCUGCUCCUACCGCCCCGGCUACAUCUACGCUGCUCAAGGAAGAGGAGCCAAUGUUCCCCAGAGGCGGCGCCAGCAUCCUGACACCUCUCGAAUACAAGCAAAUCCAAGUCCAGGCCAAGAACGACGCCCUGUUCGAGGAGCAAUCCAGCAAGGCCACCGCCAAGAAGGCUGGUGAGAAGGAGGGCAAGCAGAAGAAGUCCAAGAAGAGGUCAAAGUCCGACGACACACCCGCGAAGCCCGAUGCGGACGCCGUCAAGGUUGAAAGUCUCAACUUCAAGCGUCUGGUAAAGGGCUCCUUGGUCCUUGGUUCCGUCUGCGCCAUCAACUCUCUCGACAUCGCCGUUGCUCUACCCAACAAUAUUAUCGGCCAUGUCCCCAUCACUGCGAUUUCCGCCCCCCUAACAAAACGCUUGGAGGCCAGCGCCGGUAACGACAAUGCCGAAGAGUCAGAAGACGAGAACGACAACGACGUUGACCUCGAAUCCCUCUUCCAGAUCGGCCAGUAUGUCCGCGCCUACGUUGUAUCGACGGUCGACGAGGCUUCUACACACACCCCUGGAAAGGCCAAGCGCCAUAUCGAACUCUCCCUUCAACCUUCUCUCGCCAACACCGGUAUGGCGGAGCAAGACGUUGUUGUGAACAGCACAGUUAUGGCCGCCAUUGCCAGUGUGGAGGACCACGGUUAUGUUAUGGACAUCGAGAUCGCCGAUUCGAAGUUGCAAGGUUUCCUUGCUCGCAAGCAGGUCGACAAGAGCAUCCCCCAGGAGGCUCUGCAGCCAGGUGCCGUCCUCCUCUGUAUCGUCACCAAGAACGCCAAGGGCAAGGUCGUUCAGUUGUCCACAUUGGGUGAAACCAUGGGCAACGUCGAGAACGUCCCUUCGACUGCUACCACCAUCGACACAUUCCUCCCCGGUACUGCCGCCGACGUGCUCGUGUCCGAGGUUUCCAGCCACGGAAUUGUUGGCAAGAUUAUGGGAUCGCUGGAUGUCACCGCUGAUCUGGUUCACUCUGGCGCUGGUCCGGAUGGCAUCGAUCUUGAAGACACAUACAAGGUCGGCUCUCGUCUGAAGGCCAGAGUCAUCUGCAACUUCCCUACUGCAAAGCACCCCAAGCUGGGUAUCUCUGUACUAAAACACGUUACCUCGUUGAAGCCAAAGACUGCUUCCAAGGACGACCAACCAGUGGUGCCAUUGCAGGCUCUCCCUCACUCGACGAUCGUGGAGAAGUGCACCGUUAAGCAGGUCGAGCCUGAGAUCGGUCUUUACGUCGAUGUUGGUGUCGAGGGCGUGUCUGGGUUUGUGCACAUCUCCCGCGUCAAGGAUGGCAAGGUUGAUGCCCUCUUCGAGAACAGCGGACCCUAUAAGGUGGGAUCUGUUCACGCUGGUAGGGUUGUCGGCUACAACGCCUUUGAUGGCAUGUAUCUCAUUUCCUUGGAGAAGAGUGUUCUUGAGCAGCCAUUCCUUCGCAUCGAGGACAUUCCUGUCGGUGCAGUUGUUUCUGGUGUGGUUGAAAAGAUGGUGGUCAACGCCGCCGGUGUUGGUGGCCUUAUUGUCAAGAUUGCUGACGGUAUCUCUGGCUUGGUCCCCGAGAUGCACUUCGCUGACGUUCACCUUCAGAACCCCGAGAAGAAGUUCAGGGAAGGCCUGAAGGUGAAGGCGCGUGUGCUCUCGACUGACGCUGCCUCUCGCCAGAUCCGCCUUACUCUCAAGAAGACGCUCGUCAAUUCCGAUCUUCCUGCCAUCCAAUCGUAUGAGCAAAUUGCUGUUGGCCAACAGGCGCUCGGUACCAUCAUCAACGUCUUGCAGCACGGUGCGAUUGUGCAGUUCUACGGCAGGCUCCGUGGUUUCUUGCCAGUUUCUGAGAUGAGCGAGGCCUACAUUCAGGAUCCCAAGGAGCACUUCCGCGUUGGCCAGACUGUCAGCAUCUACGUCAUCAGCUUCGACCCCGAUGCCGCCAAGCUUAUUGUUUCUUGCAAGGACCCAUCUGCCUUUGGUCUUGAGAAGCAGUUGGCCCUCAAGAAGCUUCAGAUCGGUGAUGUGGUGUCGGCUAAGGUCACGCAGAAAACUGACGACGAUGUUUUUGUUGAGCUUGCCGAUAGCUCUCUCAAGGCCAUCCUCCCCGUCGCUCACUUGACGGACAAGUCGGUCAGCAAGACUCAGUCUGCCCUCAAGAAAAUUCACGUCAACCAGACUCUUGCCGAGUUGGUGAUCUUGGAAAAGAACGAGGCUCGCCGUUCCAUCAUUCUCUCCCAGAAGCCCAGCCUUGUCAAGGCUAGCAAGGAAGGCAAGUUCCUUACUACCCUUGAUGGUGCUCGCGUCGGAGAUGAGGUUUCUGGUUAUAUUCGCAACAUCACUGCUACGGCUGUCUUCGUCCAGUUCGGUGGCAAGUUGACCGCCUUGCUUCCCAAGUCUAUGAUUCCUCGCGAGGAUCAGGACAAACCCGACUUUGGCAUGUUCAAGUCUCAGUCUGUUACUGUCAAGAUCACUUCGGUUAACACCGAGCUUAAUCGCCUGGUUGUUGCUAUCCCCGGUGCUGCGGAGCAGGUUAAGAAGGUCGAGACCAAGGGCGAGAAGGUCGCUAACCCCGUGGAUGAAUCCAUUACCACUUUGGAUGAUAUUUCCAUUGGCAAGCUGACCAAGGCUCGCAUUGUGUCCGUUAAGGACACCCAGCUCAACGUUCAGCUCGCUGAUAACAUUCAGGGUCGUAUUGAUGUUUCUCAGGUGUACGACAGCUGGGAGCAGAUCAAGGAUACCAAGAAGCCGUUGAAGAGAUUCCAGCCCAAUCAGGUCGUCCCUGUCCGCGUGCUGGGCGUCCAUGACGCUCGCAACCACCGCUUCCUGCCCAUUUCCCACCGAUCCAGCCACUCCGUCCUCGAACUGUCCGCGAAGCCCAGCGAUGUCAAGGAGGGCGCCUCUUCCGAGCCGCUGUCUUUCGACAACCUCAAGGUUGGUUCUAGCUACGUGGGCUUCGUCAACAAUGUUGGCCAAGGCCACCUUUGGGUCAACCUUUCCCCCACUGUUCGCGGCAGAGUUAAUGCGAUGGAGGCCUCUGACGAUGUCUCUUUAUUGACCAACCUUGCGAAGAACUUCCCUAUUGGCUCGGCCCUCCGCGUCCGCGUCGUCUCUGUGGAUGCCGAAUCCAAGCGCCUCGAUCUCUCUGCCAGAUCUCCUGGUUCCGAGGACGAGUUGACUUGGGACAAGAUCGCACAGGAUGUCAUCCUUGUCGGCAAGAUUACCAAGGUUGACGAACGCCAGGUCAUUGUCAAGCUUAGCGAGAGCCUGGCUGGACCCGUUCAUAAGGUUGAUCUUGUCGAUGACUACGAAGAGGCCAACCCUGCCAAGUUCGCUAAGAACGAGAUCGUCCGUGUUGCUGUCGUUGAAGUUGACAAGAGCAACAAGAGGAUACGUCUGUCUACCAGACCUUCUCGCAUCCUCAACUCUUCGCUUCCGGUCAAGGAUAAGGAGAUCACUCAGAACACCAAGCUCGAAGUUGGCGAAAUUGUCCGUGGUUUCGUCAAGAACGUCUCUGACAAGGGUCUCUUCGUCACUCUCGGUGGCACUGUCACCGCCUUCGUCCAGAUCAAGAAUCUUUCCGAUGCUUAUCUCAAGUACUGGAAGGAGCAGUUUCAGGUUGAUCAGCUCGUCAAGGGGCGCAUCAUCUCUGUUGCCAACGGCCGUAUCGAGAUGAGCUUGAAGCCUUCUGUUGUCGACAAGGACUACGUUCCUCUCACCACCAUCUCCGACCUAAAGGAAGGCCAGACCAUUACUGGUCGCGUCCGCAAGGUCGAGGAGUUUGGUGCCUUCAUCGACAUCGAUGGCUCCGCCAACCUCUCUGGCCUGUGCCAUCGUAGCGAGAUGUCUGACAAGACCGUCAAGGAUGCUCGUAAGCUGUAUGAGGAAGGUGACAAGGUCAAGGCCAAGGUCCUGAAGGUGGACAUAACUGCCAAGAGAAUCAACCUUGGCUUGAAGCCAUCCUACUUUGGCGAGCAGGAUGAUGAGGAUGAGAUGGACGUUGACGAGGAGGAUGCCGAGGACAGUGAGGGCGAUGACUCUGAUGAGGAUAUGAGCGACGCCGACGACGCCGUCCAGAUUACUGGUACCGACAACGUCGAGGACGAGUCCGAAGAUGAGGAUGAGGCUAGCGAUGUCGAGAUGGUUGACGCUGAUGUCAAGGGUCUUGAGGCCGGUGGCUUCGACUGGUCUGCUUCUCUGGAGGAUGGCGAGAAGGCCAAUGCCUCUGCGGCGGAUCUUGAGGCCUUGGCCAAGAAGAAGAAGGCUCGCCGCGAGCCUCAGGUUACGGUCGAUAAGACUGCCUCGCUCGAUGUUGAUGGACCUCAAACCGCCAGCGACUACGAGCGUCUACUUCUUGGUCAGCCUAACUCCUCCCAGCUCUGGAUCGCCUACAUGGCCUUCCAAAUGCAGGUGAGCGAUCUGGCCGCUGCCAGACAAGUGGCUGAGCGUGCCAUCAAAACGAUCAACAUCAAGGAGGAGAUCGAGAAGCUGAACGUCUGGAUUGCCUAUCUCAACUUGGAGGUUGCUUAUGGCAAUGAGGAGACAGUCGACGAGGUGUUCAAGCGGGCUUGCACAUACAACGACAAGCAGGAGGUCCAUGAGCGUCUGGCCAGUAUCUACAUCCAAUCUGGCAAGCGCAAGCAAGCCGAUGACCUCUUCGAGAAGAUCGUCAAGGAGUUCGGUUACAAAUCCCCCGAAGUCUGGGUCAACUACGCUCACUUCCUGCACACCACCGCGCACUCGCCCGACCGCGCCCGCGCCCUCCUCAAGCGCGCCACCCAGGUGCUCGGCAAGGAGACGCACAUGUACCUCGCCCUUCUGCCCAAGUUCGCCGCGCUCGAGUUCCGCUCGCCCAACGGCGACAAGGAGCAGGGCCGCACCCUCUUCGAGAACCUGCUGGCCACCUACCCCAAGAAGUUCGACCUGUGGAACCAGCUCAUCGACCUCGAGACCUCGGCGGCCGACGCCGACAAGGGCGUUAUCCGCGACCUGUUUGAUCGCGGUAGCAAGGUCAAGGGCCUCAAGCCCCGCCAGGCCAAGGCUUGGUUCAGGAGGUGGGCCCAGUGGGAGGAGAAGAACGGUGAUAAGAAGAGCAGGGAGAGAGUCAGCGCCAAGGCACAGGAGUGGGCGAGAACGGCGGCUGAGAAGAAGAAGACUGCUGCUGCUUCUGCGGCCCAGGAGGAGGAGAGUGGAGAUGAGGAGUAGAUGUGAUGAGAUGAUAUCCCUCUUACGGUUGGUUAUUUGGUUCGAAAUAAGCUGUUAUACCUACUGGGAAGCAGAAGAAGACGGGUUGGGAUUCUGCCGCCACCCCAGCCGCCCGUCCACGUUUUAUAGAGAGGCAAGAAAAAAGGAGAGCAUGCCCAGGCGCCUUUGUAGUAACAUUUGUAUAUAGGGUUCGGUUUCCUUUUGUUUUCAAAAAGCCUGAUGUUUGAAUAUUUCAUAUAUUUUUGGUCUUCACUGCUUUUUUACACCGGGGUUGAAUGUGCACGGCUGUGUGAUUGGAUUCAAAACGAUCUAGGUAAUAGAACUCGAUAUGCCGUUCA